AUGUCAUCCAACAACAAUACAAGCAUGCCAUUAGCAAUCCUACAACUUCAAAGUGCUUUUCGAUAUUCAAGUCUUGUUUUAGGAUUUAUUCUAUUGAUCGGUGGUGUAUUAGGUAAUAUUCUUAAUAUUAUCGUCUUCAUGAAACUUAGAAACUACAAGAACAAUGCAUGUUCACUUUAUAUGUUUGUUCGUACUUUUCUUGAUAUCAACAUUCUUCUUAUUGGUCUAACUACGCGAAUUCUUACUACUGGCUUUCAAGUAGAUUUUACUUUGAUGAAUCAAAUUUGGUGUAAAACUCGCAUAGGUUUCACCGAUAUUAAUAGUGAAUGUACAUAUACUUUGAUUUGCUUACAAGCUAUCGAUGCUUUCAUUUGUUCUUCUCCAUCAGUUGGUGUACGACAGAAGAGUAAUAUUCGAACAGCAGGAUAUUUAGUCAUUGGUACUGUUUGUUUCUGGUGUAUUCAUGAGAUACCUUAUUUCAUCUUUCAAGAUCUUGUUAUUGUAGGUGGUACCCCCAUGUGUAUUGCAACAAAUACAAUUUAUGCUCAGUAUCACACUUAUUUUGCCGCUCUUUGUGUUGUCACUACUAUUCCUAUCAUAGUGAUCUCUAUUUUUCGAUUUCUCACUGUUCGACGAAUGAAAACUAUCGGUGUAACAAGAACACUUUCUUCUCUCACAAAACAAACUAUCAGCAUGGCAUUACUUCAAAUAUUUGCUGUAUUAGUUUUCAAUGGCCCAAAUGCCGCUUCGUUAAUUUACUCACUGAUUACAACAAAUGUAGUUAAAAAUAUUUAUAGGCGAGCAGUGGAACAGCCAAUUGCUUCAUUUAUUGCUACUUAUUCCUAUGGCCCAUUUUCAAGUUCAUUUUAUUGUUAUUGUUUAUCAAAAAGAUUUCGAAAACAAUUGGUAGUUUCUAUUAAAGAACUCAUUUGUGGAAUACGUACGAAUCAAGUAUUUCCAAAUACUCAAAGAAAUCGUACUCAUACUUAA